GAACAUCUGAUAUUGACAGAUGGGAAAAAUGAGGAAAUGAGGUUAUAAAUUUUAGGACGGUUGUGUUGUGUUUGUGUUUUAUAUUGUGAUAAUUUCGUCUGUUUUUAAAAACAAAGAAUUAUAUAAAUGAAGUAGAAAUGAAAAUAAAGAGACGUUUCAGCUAUGAUCCGCAGAAUAGUAAACAGUGUCGUUGAAGGAUGUUUACAGACUCCUUCGGAGAGUUAUAUUUACCCACAUCCAUUUACAAAGAGCGAUACAUUAAGUUUUAGUUGGCUAACUAAUGUCUCUCCAUGUUUUCCUGUCAAUGCAAAAAAUAUCCAAAUUAUAUCAGAGCCAAAGCAAUUUUAUGACACCAUUUUACACUAUUGUUCCACAGCGAGCCAAAGAAUUACUUUAGUGAGUUUAUAUAUUGGUAUAGGAGAAUUAGAAAAGAACUUAAUAAACGCUUUAAAAGAAAAUAAGUAUUUUGGAAACAAUAACCUGAAGAUAAAUAUUUUACUAGACUAUACAAGGGGAAGUCGAGAUAGAGAAAAUUCUAGGACAGUAUUACAGCCUCUUUUGCAACAAAAUGAAUCUAAUUGCACCGUUUCCUUAUAUCACACCCCAUUUUUAAGAGGUCUUUUAAAAAAAUAUUUACCCAAUAGGUUCAAUGAAAUUGUUGGUUUACAACACAUGAAGCUUUACGUGUUUGAUGACACUUUAGUUAUAAGUGGUGCUAAUUUGUCUAAUGAUUAUUUUACAAAUCGACAAGAUAGAUAUUUUAUUAUUAAAGAUAAAAAACUAACAGAUUUUUACUGUGGCUUGGUACGUAAAGUGGAAAGUUUUAGUUUAAGAAUGGACAAGCACAACAAAAUAAAUCUUUCAAAUAACUGGCAAUAUUCGCCAUAUGAUGGAAAUAAACGUAAAUUUAUUGAAAAAGCUGGAGACUUAAUUGAACAACAUUUAGAUGAUGCCAUAAAAGAUCAAAACAUGAUUCAGACGCAGGGUUGUGAUACAUGGGUAUUUCCAACAAUUCAAAUGGGCCAAUUGGGUAUAGAACAUGACUCUUUAAUCACAGAGAGAAUUCUUGCUGAGGCUCCCAAAAAUGCUAAAUUAAAAAUUGCUACUGGCUAUUUUAAUUUGACUAGCCAAUACAUGAGCACUUUAAUUUACGAAACUCGGGCCAAUUGCGAGAUUUUAAUGGCGCAUCCUAAUGCUAAUGGAUUUUUAAAUGCCAAAGGCAUUGCUGGCGGAAUACCUUUUGCAUAUUCCUUAAUAGCUAGAAUGUUUAAAAAACAGUUUGAAAAUAAGAAUCAGGGAUUUAGGAUUAAAUUGCUUGAAUAUCUAAGGGAUGGCUGGACUUAUCAUGCAAAAGGUUUAUGGUAUUACCCUCCUCAUUCUGAAUAUCCUUGUAUGACUAUAGUAGGAUCUCCUAAUUUUGGUGCAAGAUCAGUAGUAAGAGACUUAGAAACACAGCUUGUAAUAGUUACUGAAAAUUCUGAGUUAAGAAAGCAACUUCAUGAAGAAUGCCACAACUUAUAUAAGCUGGGACAAGAUGCACAAACCCAAAGAGACGUUCCUUCUUGGAUAUAUGUCUUUGUUAAACUUUUUAGAACUUAUUUUUGACUAGCUUCAAAGUUUCAGUAUAUUUUUUGUUAGUUUAUUGUUUUUUACAUAAAUAAAUGUUGAUUUUUGUUUACAAUAGAUACUCUUUUUUC